AAGGGCGUGGGCCCCGACUGCAUCGCCGGCGAUGUGCUGCGUGCUGGCGGCGGCGCCGUCGCGGCCGAGUACGGCGAGCUGAACAUGGCUGUCGCCGCCUCGGGCCAGUGGCCGCUCGAGUGGCAAGGCGGCGACAUCGUCAGUGCCUGGAAGCGGAAGGGCGACAUCCGCUCGUGCGACGCGUCUCGGGGGCUGCUGCUCAGCGACCACGCUGCCAAGGGCCUGGCUGGCAUGGUCAAGCAGUCCGUCGAGCCCGCCUACGAGCAGAACGUGCCGCAGGACCAGUACGGCGCCGUGCGGCGCCGAGGCGCCGACUUCGCCACGCACAUCGUGGUCACCGUCGCCGCCUUGGCGAAGGCCAUGAACUGGUCCAUCUUCAUCCUGUUCCUGGACCUCGUGAAGGCCUUCGAUCGCGUCGUCCGCCAGCUGGUCGUGGGAUGGGGCGAGGUGCCUGCUGGCGAGAGGCUCGCCUACCUCCGGUCACUCGGCGUUGCCGAGUCUGCAGCUGCUUGGAUCAUCGAGUAUUUGGAAGAGCGUGGGCCGUUGCUGGAGCAGUGGCAGGUCCCGAAGACCUCUGCCAUGCUCCUCCGCACCCUCCACGAGGGCGCCUGGUUCCGCGUGUCGGGCGGAGGGCGGCGCUUCGAAUCCAGGACGGGCGGGCGACAGGGAUGCAAGGUCGGCUCCCUCAUCUUCAACGCCGCGUACUCCGUUCCCCUCGACAUCCUCCAGUGGCGGCUCAAGCAGGCGGGCAUUACCCUGAAGCUCCGCGUGCCAAGCGGGGCGUGCUGGCUGCCACCCGACGGCGCCAACGACGAUUUUCAGCACGUGCUCGACGUCACCUUCGUCGAUGACGAGUGCGUCGUGCUGACCGCACCUUCUGCGCAGACCCUCCGAGCCGCCAUGGACAUCCUGAUGGAGACGCUGCUGGGUGUCUUCGACAAGUGUCACCUGCAGCUGAGCUGGGAAGCCGGCGAGUCGGAGGCCGUGGUGAAGUUCCGGGGCCAUGGCGCGGUCGCUGCCCGCGAAGUCUUCCGCCCCCCCGACGGCCAGUUGGGGAGGCCGCUCGCAAAGUUCGGACACCAGGUCGUCUUCCGCUUCGUUCGCGAGUACAAGCACCUUGGCUCGUACAUCGAUCACGAGGGCAUGGCGGCCACCAACAUAUCCGCCCACGCCCGCAACGCCCUGGCUGCGUACGCUCCUCUGGCGUGCAAGUUCUUCGGCUCGAGUUUGGUGGACCAGACGUAUCGCCUGCUGUUCUUCCGGACGCUCGUGGUGUCGAGGUUGCUGCACAACAUGAGCAUUUUCGUGCUCUCCCCUCGAGCUGUUCGGAAGCUGAGUGGAGUGUGGAUGCGAGGCCUGCGUCGCAUCGCCGACCAGAUGCGUUUCUCGAGCGAUGUGAAGGCAUAUGGUCUCAGCGUCCGCCUCUCCCUCGCCAUACCGUCGAUUGACUGCCUGUUGACCGUAGCUCGACUGCCAUACCUUGGCCGCGUUGAGCGAGAGCGCCCCCGUUCCUUAAUCGCUGCUUUGCACGCUCGCCCGCGCGGCCAGCCUACGCCAUGGGUGGCGGCCGUGCGGCGCGACGUCACCAUGCUCCAGACCUUCGGUUUUUCCCCGACCUCCCUGACCUCGACGCUGGGGCGGAGGAGUGGGGCGCCAGGAUGGCCCACAAGCCGGCGUGGGAACGAGAAGUAGGCCAAGUUUUUUUUCUGGAGUCGUCGUGCGACCGCGUCCCCGCCUCCGCUGAAGGAGCGGCGUCUCGAGCUCUGUCCUUUCACUGUCCGUCUUGCCCGUGCGCCUUUGCCUCGCAGAGAGCACUGGACUCGCAAGCGCGCGCGAAACACGGCAUCCGAUCUCCCUACACGGAGCGGGUGCGAUCGUCUGCCUGCCCGUGUUGCUGCAUCGAUUUUCGCACAAGAGUGCGGCUGCUCAACCACCUCGGCGACAAACGUCGGCCGAGGUGUGGAGAAUUCGUAUUGAAGCACUGCCCUCGCUUGCCUCCCGUCGCCGUGGCCGAGCUAGACGGCCAGGACAGAGCUGAGAGGAGGUCUGCACAGCAUGCAGGCCGCACGCAGGUGGUAGCCGCUGAACCCGCCCUCCGCUUUGACGGAAGACCCGUCGGCGCGCCGCCGAGCUAAACUGCUGUGCUGCGGCGUGUACAGUCAAAUUUGAUUCUGCC